UCAGUUAACUUCUGUACCGGAAAUUAGACAGGCCGACCUUCUCGCCCACCAACAAGCACCUUCAGUCGGAAUCACCGCCAUUCGUUUAACUGUGCGGCACAAUCGCUCUUACGAAAAGUUGAGCAGCCGGGAAACCCGUGCUUCUUUUCACUCCCUCAAUAUACCGGUACCUGCAGGCCUGCAGCAAAAAGCAAUCAUUUGAUAUUAGCCCCCUAGCCUACAGUACCUUUACUCUGCACUCUCACGCUUUAGCCUUUACUGGGUCUAAGGGACACCUUUUGAUUGCCACGGAUGAGCUGAUAUUUUUGGCGCUCUUGGAGAGAUCGAGUCUCUUCGGUCAGUAGAAAUCCCCCCCCGUUUCUUCUUGUUUCCUCUCCUUUUCCCACCACAGUCUCCCUUUGAGGAAACGUUCGCUCAUUAUAGUCACUCGUUUUUGGUGGAGGAUUUGGGGUUCGUCAGGCAGUCCUAGGCACAUUCGAUAUUUGUUGCUAACAAGACUACCCUCAAAAUUGUCUUGUUAACUAGGGCUCGUCUAGGAUUUCGGGCUUCAGUGACGACCUGGUCCAUGAGGAGUGAUGCUUUUGCUUGGAAAGACGGCCAUUUCUGCUUCUUACCACGGCUGGAAACCUUUGCUUCGGCAGCUUUGACGGAAGACUCUUGACACCCAGGGGAGGCCAGCGUCUAAAUCACUCUCGAUUUUCAAUCGCAUUUUCGCCCUUAUACUUUUUCUUGGUCCCAACGCCUGAUUUCCGUUUCCUACUUUUAUCCGUAUUUACUUAUACUCCAGUCAUUCGUUAGGACCCAUUAGCCGAGCUAAUAUUGCCGAGUUCUUUCUCCAAUUCCACACCGCGCUUUCUGAUUUUGCCCCGGUGACAGGCACUGUAAGGCUCAGCAUUGGUUUUAUUUGGAGCAAUUCUAGAGACACGUCUACUCUCGGCAGUCCGCACCUUUACAACAUCAACAUCGACCGCUGAGCGGUUAAAUUCACUACUUCGGUCACACAGUUACCGGACACAGAGACUGUCGUUCUAUGUGAUAAGCUACAUUGGGAAACGACCUGUAGCCCCGCUUACUGCAUCAGAGGCUAUACAGACACAUUCUGGCUUGUGAGAGUGGAAAAACGGGGCCUUAUCUACCAUAGAGAAUUAUUGUAAGAUUUCUUCGGCUGGGUCGUUUCAGAGGUCCGGAUCUCUGUGAAUGAGUCAGCACAGGAGGCCAGCCAUGGGAGGGGCGAGUAGGAAUGGGGAUUAUCGUUAUAGAAGACGGGAGGAAGACGGGGAUAGCGACUACGAGUACCAGGGUUCCCCGAUAGGGACACGAUACGGCGCCGGCGAAGCAUUCGCAAUGAAUUUGGAUAGCCGAUCCUCGCCGCAAAUAGCACAACCGCAGCCCCGGAAGCCCCAACUUCCUAAGUCACCAAUGUCUUCUCGACAAGACAGCGGUGGGAACCGGGGGCCACAGCAGAUGCCGCAAGGGCUAAGAGUGCCGGGUAAUGACGGCAAUAGUAACGGUGGGAAUCGAAGUCCACUACCACGACCCGCUAGAUCAAACUAUGUUCCUUCGAAUGUUGACCCAUCAUCCUACGUUCAGGAACGAGAGCUGAACCCCAGCUUUUCUUAUCGUCCAAACCAACAGCCAAUCAGACCGCAGCCUAGAGCACCACGUUUCUCGGAAGACGUAGGAAACCCUGCAGCGUCGACCAACCGCCCUUCCACAUCCAGCUCCCGAUCUAUAUAUAUCGGCUUUGACCCCACAAAUGCGCAAGCCACCACCCCAAGCGCGGCCGGCUCUCUUGGAGUGAUACCGAAUUUUCCUACUGUUCCCCCACCUAUCCCUACUCCUCCAAACCAACAGCGAAGAUCCAGCAGUGGCCCUCCGCCAGCUGCCCGACGUGGCACUUCAUCUUACUACUCGCAACAAACACUCAUGGUUUCUCCGAUCCCAGAGGAAUCCUCGGAUCGGCACGGCUCAUACGCCUCAAGUGCUGCCAUACCCUCUAGUUGGGAUGCUGGACCGGUCGAGCUCUAUCCACGUGGUGGGGAAGAACUUUUUGGCGAAGGGGAAGCUGAAGAAUUUAGACUCCCCACGGGAGAUGCCGAGGAAGACGAAAGAGGUUUGGUCCGACAAGCUAGUUUAGGCCGGAAGUCAAAACCAAUCAUUACGGAAAUCAAGGGAGUAAGUGGAACAAAGAGCCCAGACCACGAGUUUGGGUUCAAACCAUCGGAUGAAUCGAUGAACACCGCAAGCUCGGGGGCUGGGGCAUCCGGAGGCGUUGGAAUCGGGCUCAGCUCACCAGCCGAAAAAGGCUCUCCGACUCUAAAGUUGCCGGGUGCAGAAUCUCCGACAUCAUUUCCGGGCUUUGCUCUUGCCCAGUCUUCCGUUUCGUCGAGAUCAGCCAGUUCGUCCCCACUUGCUCAGCCCCCAGCCGCAUUUACCAAGGAGGAUUAUAAUGAGAGUUCUGGCUUUCCAUUCCCGAAUAAUCUCGGCUACUCCAAAGGCAUCUCUUCGGAUUCACCGGGCUCAGAUGACCUAUCUACGCCUAGGAAAUUUCCUGCAGGACCCACGAAACCUGGGCGACGGCUCCCUCCAAGACUUAAUAUGGAUGCUGUCCGUGAUGCGGAAGCGAGGGGGAGCUUAACGAGCCUGCCGGAUCUGAUCAGAAGGGCUACAAAACUGGCAGCUGUACUCGAGACGGGAAGGCCAGAUUCGAGAUGGGGUAUGCGGAGGAGUUAUAUGGAUAAAUCGUCCAGUAUGUUAUAUCGCGUUUUUUUGUUUUGUUUUACGAUUUUUUCGUCUGGGACUAACUGAUCAACUCAGGUCGUAGCAAUGGAAGGGAGACUGAUUCAAUAUCUGAUAUUUUAGCUUCGUUCCCACCCCCGGUUCUUGCUUCCAGUAGGCAAGGCAGGCGAGCUACUACAAUGUCGCAGUGGCCUCUGCCGGGUGACUUUAACAGCGAUAACGAUUCUUCAGUUGGGCCAUCGCGUAGGCAAGGCCGGAGGGUUUGCGGAUUACCUCUUUGGGCAUUCAUAUUGCUCGUAAUUCUUGCUCUCCUUGUCAUAUCGGCAGCCGUCAUCGUUCCUCUACAACUGGUUAAACUUUCGAAAAAUGAUAAGAACGGUAAUGACGACUCUCGGAGGUCUGUUCUCGCAGAAUGCAGGAGUAAGAAUCCUUGCCAAAAUGGUGGUGUAAACAUUGCCAGAGGUACUUUCUGUGGGUGUGUCUGCACCUCGGGAUUCACCGGCUCCAAUUGCACACAGAAGGAGGAUUCUAGUUGCACUACGGUUGAUCUCCAAGACCUACAGGGUGGCCUAGUUAAGGGCAUCCAGAAUGUCACGAUGGGAACCGCAUUGCCCCGGCUUUUCAAUUUAGCCGAGCCAUCGUAUAACAUUGUAUUGGAUCAAGAAAUGAUCCUUGCGGUCUUCAGCAAUGAAGAUAUCUCUUGUACAACGCAGAAUGCCUUGGUUCAGUUCAAUAGCGAAUCCAUGCCUUCAACAAAUGGGGGGACAUCUACUACUGACAAAUCGCCGGCUCUUCUGCGGAUGAGACGGGAUUUGAUUCUCGACAGAUCCCCCACGCCAACCGCCGGUGGUACUGUUCCAAGCGCGACCGGCUUCUCGGGUGACAGCUCCGAUUUAAGGACGGCUGCGGUUGAUUCAGAUGCAGUGGACUUUGCUAGAGUUGCUGUCUUAUAUUUGACUAGUGCUGGAAAUCUCUCCGUUGCCGAGAAGGCGCAACAUCAGCUACAAGUAGCAUUUUCAGACGGGAUUGAUUAUGGGGGUCUGGGGGUUGGGGGCAAUAUUACGGUGAACUUCGACAAUCGCAGCAUCAGAAUGGCUGACGGUAAUGUAAUUGGAGGCAUUACAGCAAAUGCAACUGGUAACAGCGGUAAUGGGAGCGGUGGUAAUAGAACUUCAAAUGCGGGCUCGCAAAAGCGCUCUGUUUUUGAAGGCUACAUCAAGAUAUUAUUUGUUUGAUACAUUCGGACCAUGAAUUGGAAGCCUCUCCGUGCUUCCUCUCUCUCUUUUUACAACCGGCCUUCCCCCCCUUUUUUCUUCCUCGCAAUCUUCUGUGAUUUAUUUUCCAACUUUCUUUUAUUAUAUUUUUUGUAUCAAUCCCAAUCCGGCCCAUCGUAAGAGGAGCAACUGUAGAUAGAUGAUCGGAGAAAGGAUUGGCAGGUCUUUUCCACUGUAUAAUGUUUGAUGUAUUGGUUGGUCGGAAUUUCUCUUAUUUCUACAUUUUAUUAUUUCUUUCCUUCCCAUUCCGAAGACGUCACCAGGCCUUUUUUUUCUUUUUUUUUCUUUUUUCGUCCCCUUUUUUUAUCUUUCUCUUCAACAUUCAGUUGGUGGAUUAUCUUUCCUUCUCUGUAAAUGUGGUGGGGGUUUGAUGCAGCAUAGGGUACCGGUGUAAGGGAUGGGAUGGGUUCGGGCUCGGAAGGCAUUCUGCACCGCUUUAGCAGUGAAUUGAAACGUUGUGCAUUGCCACCU